AAAAAGAUUCGGCCAACCAUCCAAAGAAGAGGCCUGGCUGCCAUGGCCCAUUUUCUUUUUGGUCCUCCCCGUCUUCAGCAGCAGCUGCAGAGUGAGAGAGACUUAGCUUUGGCCAUUGCCCAGUGUGGUUUGGAUAAUAAUGAAAAAGUGCACAUGAGGAUCUUGCAAACUGUUUACAAGAAACUCACUGGCUCCCGGUUUGAUUGUGCCCGUUAUGGAGCCCACUGGGAAGAUCUUGGAUUUCAAGGAAUGGAUCCCGGCACAGAUCUACGUGGAGCAGGGCUGCUGGGACUGAUGCAAACCCUUUAUUUUGUGAUGGAUUCUCGGAUACUACCUGUAGCUAGAGAAAUUUUCAAGCUGUCCCAUCAUGAAGUUCAG